UACAACAGCUGAUCGUGAAAAAAUAGUUCUCACAUUUUAUUAAGUUUUUGAUUUUGAGGGAUUUUAAGGGAAAAAGCGCGUUUCAUAAUUAAAGAAGCCAACCCGGACGCCAAGAUGGUCAACAUCAUUCUGCCCAAUGAUGAGGAGCGCCUGAAUCUCUUGGAUUCUCGCAUCAAAAGGCUGCAUGACAUGAAGUUAGCCGGCGAUGUGUGCCCUCAUGAAAUAGCCAUGAAAACCCAAAAUUUCACGGAGGACGAGCUGCGUCAACUGGUCCUCGUAGCCCUCCAUGAAGCCAUUGUCCGGAAUCACGUCACCGGAUACACGGAGGGCCUGCAAGUCAGCCAGGUCGAUCUUCUGGCUGCGGUAAAGAUCGUUCAGCCCCGGUUUGGUCGACAGGAGGAGGUUCUGCAGCAGCUGAUGCCAUAUGAAUAUUUUUGUCGUAGCACUAACGACGCCGCUCUAGAUCAGGAAAGCCUCCUGCUUACCGGGCACCCUGGACUGUCAUGCCACCUGGUCGAAGGUAAGCCCAAGUCCGGCUUAACCACGGUUGCCGCCCAAAUGGCUUUAAACACUGACUUCCCCUUUGUGAAAUACAUAUCAUCGGCGAAUUUGCUGGGACUUAGCGACUCCGACAAAUGCCAGAGGAUUUGGGAAGUCCUAGAGGACGCCCAUGUUUCCAGGCGCAGCUGCGUCAUCAUUGACGAUUUGGAGCGUAUCGUUGGUUACGGCGCCCUGGGAAAGCAAUACUCCAAUGAGUUAUUGCGGAUGCUGGUGGUUCUUCUGAAGAAACUACCGCCUAGAGGUCACGAGCUGCUCAUUAUCUGCACAACCAAUCGUCGCGAUGUCCUGCAGGAGCUGGGCUUGCUUUCCCUUUUCACUUCAGUGCGCAAUGUGCCAAAUGUUUCCACUCCCAAAGAACUUUUGGCCAUUGUGGAAGCUUCAAAACGAUUUGAGCCCGAGGAGCUGCGCCAAAUUAAGAGCGCCAUGGAGGGCCGUGAUGUCUCCAUUGGCAUCAAACGGUUGCUUGAGCUAAUAGAAUGGGUGAAUCCCAUUACGCCCGAACGACGACCUGGCAAAUUCCUGCUGAAAUUGGGCGAAGCAAUGGGAUGGGUGGGCCCCAAUUCCAGUUCUGCAGCCAUUUGAACCUCAGUAGACUUAAAACGUGCAAUAUUGUAUCUACAAUUCCAACAAAACUUUUCCAUAUUUAAUAGUUCAGUAUUGCAUUAUAUUUAAAGGAACCAUGGAACUAUGGAACCAUGACCUCCAACUCGAUUUCAAACGAUCUUAAACAUUUAUUACCAUAUAUCAUUUUAUACUUCAAUUUGCGUUCUUAAGACUAAAAUGAACAGUCCGCUGAUGUGAUUCGCAUAACACGUAACUUAAGUAGAAUUUACUAACACAUUGUGCUUAUUAUACAAAAGCAAGAAUAAAGAGAUUGCAAAUGCCA